AUGCCCCAGCUCCUGCCGGCCGCGCAGGACAGCCGGGCGCUCGCCGCCGCCUCGUCCGAGGAGGGCGAGGAGGCCGAGCUGGGCGGGCGCCGCCAGCUCGCCCUGCCAGUCGGGGCGGCGGCUCUGGUGCUGGCGCUGGUGGCAGCGGCGGCGGUCUACUCGACGUCCGAGGACGGCAGCGGCCUCGGCCAGCGGCAGCGCCUGGGGCCGCUCAAGGCCGUGGGGGCGGACGCCCGGGCGGUCGCCCUGCAGGAGCUGGACGUGGCAGAGGAGGAGGCUAACACGAGUGGUGACGGAACGGGUGGCAUGGUCGGAACGGAGGGCCAGCCCGACUCGAGGUGCGGGCACAGCGUCUGCUACACGGGCGCCACCUGCUGCCCCAACACCUCGGGCGGCUUGUGCGGCUCGCCGGGGUCCAUCUGCUGCGGCAGCUCCAUCUGCGCCCCGGGCUCCACCUGCUGUGGCAAGCACGUGUGCGCCGCGCCCGGAUCCACCUGCUGCGGCGACUCCGGUGUCUGCUCGCCCGGGUCCACCUGCUGCCCCAGCGGCCUCAACGGCUCGAGCAUGUGCUGCUCGGACGGCUUCCAGUGCUGCCCCCCGGGGAGCGGCCUGUCCGGGUGCUGCCCGAUAGCAGCGAGCCUCAACAACGUGACGUCGUGCGGCGCCAUGAAGUGCGCGGGCGGCUCGAUCUGCUGCAAGGACCGGCUCUGCGGCACGCCCCAGUCUGUCUGCUGCGGCAACAUCGUCUGCGCGCCAGGGGCGACCUGCUGUGGCACAGGUAUCUGCGCAAGCCCGAAAAGCACCUGCUGCGGCAACAACAUCUGCGGCCCCAUGUCGUCAUGUUGUGACAGCACGACAGGCCAGAAGAUGUGCUGCGGCCCGAGCUCCCAGUGCUGCCCCAAGGACAGCGGUCUGAAGGGCUGCUGCCCGCGCACGGGCCCACACCCCACGAACGAGACGGCCUGA